UUUAAAGCGGUAGAGCUAAUUUGAGGGAUAUUUGGUUGUUAUUUCAAGCAGAGCGAGUUCUUUCGUUGACAUAAAUUGCUGUUGAUGUUGUGAUAGAAAAAAAACAAAAACAAAUGGAAAAGUCGCUGUCUCUCUCUCCCCAACCUAUACACUCUCUUACCUAUUCUCACGCAAAAAUGUUGGUCGACGUCUGAAUCCGCAACCAACGUAACACUGACAUUCGAUAUAACAUUUAUUUCUACGACAGAGUUGUAAUUUCGGAUAAUUAUUUUAGAAUUUACCCCUCAAAUUACCAACGGUUGGUGUCAAAUGCGACUUUGCAACCAUUUUCGGAAGGCAUUUCUCUCCUCACAGAUUCACUAACGGAUGUAUACAAUUUAAGUAAUUUCUUGUGUGCGUGUGUGUACGCGUGCGCGCGCGUUACUUCUGAUUAUUCAAUAACAUAUCUUUUGGAUAACUUACAGCCUCAGCUCGUUUAUUUACUCUUGCUCUUUCUGGACAUUCCAAACUAGUAAAAUGGUGUUUGGUGUCUUUCCCUGUGAUGUCUUGUUUGUAAUAGCAAACUUCAUAAUCCAAUCUCAAGCCUUCGAAGAACGAAAAGUUGGCUGGACCUCUUGGUAUCCAUGGAGACCCUGCAGUAAUGAAUGUGGGCAAGGCGUCCAGCAUCGAUUCCGUUGGUGCAACAAUGGUACAAGAGAGACAUGCAUCGGAACCAGAGUUGAUGUUCGGCCAUGUGGAACGAAACACUGUCACAAUAACUUUGCAAAACUGAAGGAACUUUCAGUUUUCAUAUGGAUAAACAGUUGCCUUGGAUUCCUUUGCCUUUGUGGAUUAACAGUGCUCUCAGUGACAACCUUAAAACUCUGGCAAAAGAGACCACUAACAAGAAUGAGGAUUGUACAGAGCUAAUAACUGUGCAGGGAAGAUACCUGCCUUUUACUCCUAUUUACAAUCAAUACAAACGCACAGAUUGCAGGGUGUGGGUGUGAACAACAACAAGAGUUAUGUGAAAGAGUAAGCAGAGAAGUAAAAGAAAUAAUCUUACCAAGGUUCAUUCUGCAUCCACAGCCUUGAAAUACAUUUUUGCUUUUUUUAAUAUAUGG